CAAUGAGGACAAAAAACUUAAGUUGUAUGGAUGAUUUCUUAGAAGAUCAGGUCAAGUUCUAGACAUUAGGAAAUGAAACUGGAAUUUGGAAGAGAGAAAUUUAAAUCUUUUGUACUCAUUUUGAGGGGGGGAAAGAGACAGAAAAUUGAAAUAUUUUUAUUAUCUCAUACCACCUGGGGUACGUAGUUGUCCUGCACUCCUGCACGUCUUGUCCAAAAAGAGAAGUUUACGUGGGUUCCACUUAUUUACAUUACCAACCCCAUUCCUUCCCUCUAUAAAUAAUCUUUAGUCGUUUCCUUCAAUAUAUCUCAUCAUUCUCCUCCUUUUUUUUAAAAGAUACUCACAAACAAUCCGAGAUUCUCCUCCUCCUUGAAACCAACAAUGAAGGCCACACUCAUCACCAUGAUCUUACUGAUUCUGGCCUUCACCGUAGCGUCCCAAGGACCGCUACAGGUCGGAUUUUAUAAAGGGAAAUGCGGGAGUAUAGACAUCGAGUCCAUCAUUGGAGGCAUUGUACACAGCCGUUUUGUCAAAGAUCCUACAGUCGUCGCUGCACUCCUCCGAAUGCAGUUCCACGAUUGCUUCGUUAACGGAUGUGAUGCAUCGCUACUAUUGGAUGGGGAGUCCUCAGAAAAAACCGCGCCUCCAAAUUUGAGCGUUAGAGGCUAUGACAUUAUCGACGAAGUGAAGACGGUCUUGGAGAAAGCAUGCCCACGCAUAGUCUCUUGUGCCGAUAUAAUCAUUGCAGCCACAAGGGACGCCAUUGCCUUCGCUGGAGGAUCAAGGUACAAAGUUCAAAUGGGGAGGAGGGACGGAAAGGUCUCUCUUGCUAGCAACGUCGAUCUCCCUAAUCCGACGAUACCCGUUGAUCAAUCGAUCACUGCAUUCCAAAAGAAGGGCCUCAGUGUUACAGAUAUGGUUCUUUUACUAGGAGGCCACACCGUAGGAAUUGCACACUGCUCUCUUUUCUCUGAUCGCCUAUACAACUUCAACGGAACGGGGAGUCCUGACCCCGCGAUGGAUUCGGGUCUAGUAUCUGCAUUGAAGCUGAGGUGUCCUCAGAAAUCAAAGGUGGAUAACACUGUGAACCUUGAUCAGAACUCUCAGAGCUCAAACACUGUAGACAACAGUUUUUAUAAGCAAAUACUCAUGAAUAGAGGAAUUCUUAAGAUUGAUCAGAGCAUAGCUUUGGAUAAUAAAACUAGAGAUAUAGUCAGUUCUAUUGCCAAUGCAUUCAACUUCACUAGCCAGUUCAGUAAUGCUAUGAUCAAGAUGGGAGCUAUUCAGGUGCUUACAGGAGCAAACGGGGAGAUAAGAAAAUCCUGCAAAGCUGUUAACACUAGCUAGGUAUUGGCUCUAGAAAAAGAGUUUGAUUCGUUGGGUUGUUUUCUUUCAGUUUGAGCAUUUGUUUGUGUUUUGAUGAAGGAGUUUCUUUAUGAUGGAGUGAAGAUGAGUCAUAUUGACAAAUUGAUUGUAAUAUUUCAUCGUUCGUUAUUUUGAAGAGAAGAAUUCUAAAAUAAGGAGAAGUCUUCAAGGGC